AUGUCACGUCUUAAGACGAGACCGAGCUGCCUGCAGACAUCAUCAUCGUUGCAACUUGCCAUGGGUACGUACACAUCACUGUGGACACAGCUCAUGUGCUCCGUGCGCAGCUUCGACGGUGUGCGCGUGCCGAUCCACAUAUUCAUCAACAUCAAGCUCUACGCGAGGAUCUCGCCCGUGUGGGGCCUCGACGACGAGGGCGGGCUUAAGGAUCCCUGGCGUGCGCUCGAGAGCUUACUGCGCUGUAUGUGGCGCAUGAUGGGUGCGCUGUUUGCUCCCUUGAUAAACUUUGGCGAGAUCCUGACCGGUGGGGCUGGCUUCCGGUAG